UUUUGCAUUUGUGAUUUAUUUUUUUCUUAACAAAACAAAAAUUUACAGAUAUCUAAGUUUUUUGGAUAGUUAAAAACGAAUAAUGACUCGAAUCAAAUUUAACUGAUUAAAUGACUAGACAGCCAUGUUUAAUUCUCUGUCGAAGAUCUAAAUGUAAUCGAAAUAUAUAUAAUAUCGGAACGGGUCAGAUAUCCAAAUUUUAUUUAUUUGUAUUUGUGAUUUAUUUUUUUCUUAACAAAACAAAAAUUUGCAAAUAUCUAAGUUUUUUGGAUAGUUACAAAACUAAAAAUGGCUCGAAUCAAAUUUAAAUGAUAAAAUGACUCCAGCCAUGCUUGAUUCUCCGUCGAAGAAAAUCAUUGUCAAUGGCACUAACGUAAAUUUACUAAAAAGCGAGAGUGUAAUGGUGAUUUCAGGCCCGGUACGGGUUAAUAAAUAAGACCCGACUCCCACCCGGGUCGGAGUAAAAGUCGUUUAAUAGCUAAAGUUAUCCGAUAAAUACGGUUUCUCUCUCGUUUUCUCGCUGCGACUCUCUUCUUCUUCCUCCUCCUCCUCCUCCUCGAUUCUCCAUUUUGAGAUUAAAACACACACAAAAAGAAAUCUAAAAGUUAACGAAGAGAAAAUCAACAAUGGCGGAUCAGCUCACCGACGAUCAGAUCUCCGAGUUCAAGGAAGCCUUCAGCUUAUUCGACAAAGAUGGUGACGGUUGCAUUACCACCAAGGAGCUGGGAACUGUGAUGCGUUCUCUCGGACAGAACCCAACCGAAGCCGAGCUCCAAGACAUGAUCAAUGAAGUUGACGCUGACGGUAACGGCACCAUUGAUUUCCCCGAGUUCUUGAACCUCAUGGCUCGUAAGAUGAAGGACACCGACUCCGAGGAAGAGCUCAAGGAAGCGUUCCGGGUUUUCGACAAGGACCAGAACGGUUUCAUCUCGGCUGCUGAGCUCCGUCAUGUGAUGACAAACUUAGGCGAGAAGCUCACGGAUGAAGAGGUUGAUGAGAUGAUCAAGGAAGCUGAUGUUGAUGGUGAUGGUCAGAUUAACUAUGACGAGUUUGUCAAGGUCAUGAUGGCUAAGUGAUGUGGUUUUGGUUUUGGUUUGCCUCUCUCUCUUACUAUAUGUAAUUCUUAUUUUUACUUUAUGUAUGUUCUUAAAUUUUUAUUCAUGGGACUCUGUUCUGUUUUCUGGUUGUUUAAGACCAAUGCUAUAUCCCUUUUAUGCU